AUGGAUUUAGGCGAGGAUGACCCUUCGGACAGGGGGGCCGACCUCCAAGAUGACGCCAUGGUGGCGUCCAUAACUUUAUUAUCACAAACUCAGUUAAUAAAAUUUGCUCAGAAAAGACCUUCUACAUUGGACGAUGACAUUAUAAAACCGAAAAAACUUACGUCUCUUUCUGAAUCAUCUCAAACCAUGUUCGUCUUGCCGGAAUAUGACAACAACAAUAAAUUGAAAUUUUCCAACGUGGACAUGGCGCCAUUUUCAGUCCAGAUUUCCAAAAAUGAGGAGUUAAGCGUCCAAGGUCCUGGUUAUGAUGGGGAAGCCCACGAAAACCUAAUGAAAACACUGGCAUAUUCCCUGCCAAAUGGCAGCGCAUUACAAGCUCCAAGAGAGCCUCCCUCACCAACCCCUUAUGAUAACCUCGCAGAACUAUUGACUUCAGCUUUAGAAUUACAAGACCUCGGCAGAGACCCCCCAGCACAAUGUUCUGCAGGUCCACACGGUGAAGAUCUUUUCCAUUGGCAAGCCACAAUUAUGGGUCCAGUUGACAGUCCCUAUCAAGGAGGCGUAUUCUUCCUGACUAUACAUUUUCCUACAGACUAUCCAUUCAAACCACCAAAAGUUGCAUUCACAACACGUAUUUACCACCCUAACAUAAACAGUAAUGGUUCUAUUUGCCUUGACAUUCUGCGUGCACAGUGGUCACCCGCACUCACCAUAUCCAAAGUGUUGCUCUCAAUCUGCUCACUGCUAUGUGAUCCAAAUCCAGAUGAUCCGUUGGUGCCAGAAAUUGCUAGAAUCUACAAAACUGACAGAGAAAAGUACAAUGAACUAGCCCGUGAGUGGACAAGGAAGUAUGCCAUGUGAUGAGUCAGUUGUGACAUCAGCAAACAUACACACACAUCGCCACAGCCCGGGCUCUAACCCUUCCCCUGUUUCUGCUCCCCAAUAUUCCGGUAUCCCUCAUCAAUGACCUAAAUUAACUGGAACUUGUAAAAACUUAAUAAAUUGUCACCUUAGGAUCAACCUAAUUUAUGUUGUUUAUUUUAAUCUGUGAUCUAAGUAAACAAUACAUGUGCAAGUAUAGUUUCUGUUUUAUCUAAUAAGAAACUUUUCUAUAAGAGCAAAAUUAUUUUCUGUUAUUCCUUGAUGUGUCAGUAGAUGUCUUUCACUCAUUUAGUUGAGGGUUAGUUAAAUUUACAUUUGAAUUUAUGUAUGUCCUAAAGAAUUUGUACUUUAACUAGAUCUAAAUUGCAUUGUGAAACUGUACAAUAGUCAUAUGUUUAGGAAAUGGAGCGUUCUCGCUUACCACUUGUCCGAUUUCUUAGGAAUUUUGUUGAUGAAAUGUAAGUAAAAGCUCAUAAGUGUUAAGAACAUUUUGGGUAUUGUAAGUAAGUGGUAUUACAAAAUGAGCUCGUUCACGGAGUCGAGUGAGUGUUAAUUUUUUUUACUAGAAACAACUUUUUUAAGUUAGUGAAUGUAGCGUGCUACAAAGCAGACUGACAUCAAUUGAGGCAGUCAGUUUUCUUUCAUCCACAAUAUUUUAUAAUGACGGAAAACGCUCCAAUAGUUACAACUUCAGUAUAAAUUACAGUGUAUCUCAUAAGAUGAUAAGUUACGAUUAAUCUAGAUUUUUUCAAUAUGGCGAUCUUUAUAUUAUAAUUUUAUCUAAUAUAUAUUGUGGUUGUAAGGAUAUCUGCGUUGUGAUUUCCGCAAACAUCCUAUCCACUUUCACCAUCCUCGUUUCCUUAAUAUCAACUUUAUUGAAUAAGAGAUAGCAGCUUUUCGGCACGAGUGGCUAAAUAGUGUGUUAUACAGCUGCAGGAUGAAGCUUGUCACUUUAAAACUGGGAGAGAUUAAAAAUUAAAAGCUUUUCAAAUUGUAAUCAAUCAACAACUUGUAUUUUUAGCUUCACUAAAUUGUAAGAAACAAUAAAUUAUUGUGUAUGUAAAUAAUAUACCGAGCUUUAUUUAGGCGACUUCCUGAUGCGUAGGCAGGCUGCUCUAGUAAAAGUACAUAGGCAUCGCCAACGCGGCCGCAGUAGGACAUUUGCCAAAAUACAAUUCCCAGUCCCGUUUAGUCCAUUUGCGUAGAUAAAAUGUGGUGGGAAUCUGAGAAUUAUUUUCAAUUAAGUACAAUAGUGGC